UGUCAUAAUGCUUGCCAGAAUGGGGCUUUUGUUCUCGAGGUGAUGAGGACCGAAAUUGUGUCUUUUGCCCAGGGAGCCCGCAUUCUACUCAAGGAGAAUGUCUUGACGCUUUGUUAAACAGUCGCCGUGCUUUGCAUCUGUUCAUCUUUAAUAGGCCUUAAUCCAAGGCCACCGAUUCUACUGGCUCCCAUCUGCUUUCCAGUCUUCAUCGCACUUGAUUCCGUAUUAGAGUCCACUCAACAAAUCCCUUUCUAUCGCUAUAAUCACAGCCAUGUGUCUGUAUACCGUCGCGUCCGUCGUCUAUGAGAACUGCCUACCUGAUCCGCCGCAUCAGAUCAAGUGUGUGGUGUUUCAGAGGUGUAUAAGCGAGCAGAAGCCCGAUCCCGUCUGCCAAAACCCAAAGCUCAACCUUUCGCCGACAAUCAUGCCGAAGCACCGAAAAAAGGGCCAAUGCAGCGUUUGUCCGACAUACAUACUCCCCAUCAGGACGGGGCAGUCUACAUCGAGCCAGGAGACCAUCUAGAGUGAGGAACAAUGUAAAUGCAAGCCACCAUUACCUAUGCGAAACUGUUGAUGGUGAGUGGAGUGAAGCAUGUAGUGGAGGAACUUGAAGCGGUGGAUACAUGUAUAAUGACUGUUUGCUCGGUGGUGCUUUGGAAUGCUGUUGAAGACGAUG